AUGUUUAUAAUUAACAUUCUAAUGCUCAUUCUUCCUAUCCUCUUAGCUGUAGCAUUUUUAACAUUAGUAGAACGCAAAAUCCUAGGCCAUAUACAACUCCGAAAAGGACCUAAUAUUGUAGGCCCACAUGGUCUACUACAACCCUUCGCUGACGCAAUCAAACUAUUUACUAAAGAACCCCUACGACCAGCCACAUCCUCCACCACUAUAUUUAUCAUCGCACCCGUACUUGCAUUAACCUUAGCCCUCACAAUAUGAGUCCCCCUACCCAUACCUCACCCUCUCAUCGACUUAAACCUAGGAGUACUAUUCAUGCUAGCAAUAUCCAGCCUAACUGUAUACUCUAUCCUAUGAUCUGGAUGAGCUUCCAACUCAAAAUACGCCUUAAUCGGAGCAUUACGAGCAGUAGCACAGACAAUCUCGUACGAAGUAACAUUAGCCAUCAUUCUCCUAUCAGUACUCUUAAUAAAUGGCUCUUUCACCUUAUCCACACUAAACACCACACAAGAAAAACUUUGAUUACUCUUCCCCUCAUGACCACUAGCCAUAAUAUGAUUUGUCUCUACCCUAGCAGAAACCAACCGAGCUCCCUUCGACCUUACAGAAGGAGAAUCAGAACUUGUAUCCGGCUUCAAUGUAGAGUACGCAGCAGGUCCUUUCGCCCUUUUCUUCCUAGCAGAAUACGCUAACAUCAUCAUAAUAAACAUAUUUACAACCAUCUUAUUCCUGGGUGCAUUCCAUGACCCCCAUACACCAGAACUAUGCACAACAAACCUAAUCGCCAAAUCCCUACUAUUAACAAUAUCUUUCCUAUGGAUCCGAGCAUCAUACCCUCGAUUCCGAUAUGACCAACUAAUGCAUCUACUCUGAAAAAAUUUCCUCCCACUAACACUAGCUUUCUGUAUAUGACAUGUCUCACUGCCCAUUAUAACAGCAAGCAUCCCCCCUCAAACAUAA